AGAAACCAGAAAGUAGUCGGUGCACGUUCGCCGUGGCGCGCAUAUCGUACACGCCGCCGCAAGUGUCGUUCACUACUUACGACCGACGUUUCGGCGCGGUCCUGUUCGAUAUUAUAUAAUCAUAUUCGUGCGCAUCCCUGGUGACGUCGUGUGCGAGAUGGUGUUCUUCGUCAGGAACAAGUCAGACCGACGUGAAUUGUUGGCCAGCAUGGCCAGCGUCGAUCACGUUUCGUCGCACAAGAUCCACGACAACGCUGCAUUCCAACAUGUCCGCGAUAAUAUGGACGAAAUCAAUUAUCAUGUAAAGGCCAAAGAGACUGAUAUAAUAUUUUUGAAAACUUUGAUGGAUAAUCCUACUGUAGAAUCAUUAAUUAAAGUUCAAAACUCUUUGGAGGAGUACGAAACGUGUGUACCAGAAGCCAAUAACUCUAAGCAAACCUUGAUCGAUCUGUGUCAUCACUGUACAUCGUCAAAACAUCCAGUGGCCAAAGAUUUACUCUCAAUAAUUACCAAAUUGCAUUUGAAGACCCUUUUAGAAGUACAUGAUAAAAUAGCUUUAAAGAGACUGAAGAAAACAUUAGAUACCUUUGAUUUACCUCCAACUCCUCCCUCACCACCUCAACAACAGAACGGAACCAAAAUGUCUACACAGACGUACAAAGUAAUUGGAUUACGAAAAAAACCAGACGAACCAUUGGGUUUAACUGUUGAACAAGACGAAAAUGGAAAUCUUAUAGUAGCAAGAAUAUUAGCUGGAGGUACAAUUGAUAAACAAGGGUUAUUGAAAAAAGGAGAUGUCAUAUUAGAAGUAAAUGGUGAAAGAGUUGAAAGCCCUGAAGAUUUAUUGAAUGAAGUUAGCCGUAGCAAAGAUACGUUGCAGUUUCGAAUUGCUCCUGGAUUUUCCCAAAAGAAAACAAUUCAAACUCAACAGUGUUACAUGCGAGCAUUGUUUGAUUACGACCCAAUGGAAGACACUUUAAUUCCUUGCAAAGAAAUUGGUCUAACGUUUAAACAUGGAGACAUUCUUCAGGUUCUGGAUCAAAAAGAUCCAAACUGGUGGCAAGCAAAGAAAGUUGGCGAUAAUGAACUUCCCGGGUUAAUACCAUCUCAAGAAUUGGAAGAAAGAAGAAAAGCUUUUGUAGCUCCAGAAGCAGACUAUGUUCAUAAAACUAGUAUUUGUGGAACUAGGAUUUCUAAAAAAAAGUGUAAGAAAAUGUAUCAAUCAAAAUGGAACGGUGAAUUUGAUAAAGCAGAAUUAAUAUUGUACGAAGAAGUUACAAAAAUGCCUCCUUUUAAGAGACGUACACUUGCAAUAAUAGGCACAACCGGUGUGGGGAGACGUACACUGAAAGGUCGUCUGAUAAACAGUGACCCUCAAAGAUUUGCAGGAGUUAUACCAUACACAACACGACCACAGAGAGAAUUAGAAGAAAAUGGUCAAAAUUAUUGGUUUACUGAUCGUGAUCAAAUGGAACAUGAUAUUCGAGAGCAUAAAUUUUUAGAAUAUGGUGAAAAUGGUGGCAAUCUAUAUGGCACAAACUUGGAUUCCAUCCGUGAUGUCAUUAAUGAAGGAAAAAUGUGUGUCUUGGACUGCAGUCCAGUGGCUUUAAAAAUGCUUCACAAUUCUUCAGAAUUUAUGCCAUAUGUAAUUUUCAUAGCAGCACCUGGUGUUGAGGUAAUGAAAAGCCUAUACGAUUAUUCCAGAAACCUUGGUUAUUCCACUCGUACAUUGACGUUUGAUCGCCAAAGUUCCAUUAGAUAUAGUUCUAGAAGAGCCCGUACAUUAGAAUCGCUUGCGUCGAUUUAUGAGGAAGAUGACGUAAAGAAAUCAUUGGAAGAAAGCGCUUGUUUACAACGUAUGUACGAAAAGUACAUAGACCAAGUCAUAGUUAAUGAAGAUUUUGAUAUGACAUUCCGUAAAGUUGUUGAAGCCUUGGAAAUCAUAUCUAAUGAACAUCAAUGGGUGCCUGUGAAUUGGGUAUAUUAAGAUUAAAAAGUGUUUCAUCCCUAUUGUUUUUAAAAGAGUUGGUAGAAUACAUUUAAGAUGUAUAACCUUUUUCAUACCUUGAUCACAAAACACUAUACAAUCAUAAGUUAAAAAAUAUAAUGUAUCGACUAAAGAUUAUAAUAGCAUCAUUUUGUGUUAAUUUAGUUUAUAUUAUCAACUAAGCAUACAAUUGUAUUUACCAAUUAAUUUGAUUACUUGGUUAUUGUUAAGUUCCUGCAACUAAUCAUAGCAUUGAUUUAUUAUGAUUGUGAAUUCCGUCCUUUUUUUUAACUAUUAUAAUUGACAAUUUUAUUUUUUUAAUAUUGGCAAUUUUUAUAAUAAUACACACUGCAUUAAUUAAAUUCAUUAUAUUUUUUUUCCAUCAAAUGUAAAUUUCACUUUUGUAUGGUUGUAUAGUAAAUAAAUCAACAAUUUGGAAUUAUAUUAUAUAAUAUACAAAUAUCUCAUAAGUUUGAUUUAAAAACCGUUAACAUUUUAAAAUACCAUAUUUAAUUUACUAUUUUAGAUUAUGUACAUACUUAACUGAUUUAGUAAAAAAAAAAUACUUGUAAUUUUUUUUCUAUUUUUAUAAAUUUUAUGCAAGUGUGAUUUUUUAAAAUUGGCUUAGUUUUUUGUUUAAUAAAACAAUAAAACUACCAAAAAAUUGAGCUUCACUCAGAAUGGUAAAGUGCUUUAUAAUUGGAGAUUGAGUGAAGUGUGCUUUUAAAAUUGUAUAAGCUUACAGGUUAGAAAGUUUAGGUGGGUGUUGUUUUGGUUGGAUAAAAAAACCGUUCAUUAUUAAUUUAAUAGUUCUGAAUUCAGUUGGUAAUUUCUUAAAGUUUAAAUAUGGUAACUUAUUUCAAAUUUUGUAAUUUUGUAACUAGUAGGUAUAUGAAUUAAAAAUAAACUGCUAAUAACCUAUUGGAUAUUUAUAAUUAAAUAAUACAAUUUUUUAUUUUUCUUGUCAACCCAAACUGUAUAGGUAUACAUAAUUUUUAAUUUAAAAAUUAAUUAUUUUACCAAUAAACUUAUUUUUUUUUCUUGUAUGUUGCAAAUAAUUAAAACAAUUAAUUUUUUUUUUGAAAGAAAAUAUUAGAACUGAAUAUUGUGUUCAUUAUUCAUUAAAAAUUGUAAUAACUAAUUAUAUUUAUACACGUUGUUGUUAAAGUAGUGGUAUGUAACAAUCAAUUUUAUUUGUUAAUAAAAUAAUUUUUUCUACAUUAAUAAAUGCACACAUGUAAAUUGAACAUUUGCCAUUUUAUUCAGCUUUGCACUAUUACUAUUUUGUAUUUAGUGAUAUGAAUAUAAUAAUAUCUGUACUUUUUUCACGGGCAUAAUGUUUUACUUAUAAACUUACAUACAAUAAUAUAGUAGUAUACAAAUAUUGUGCAAUCUUUACGUGUAUAACAAUAUAAAUAUAUUUAUACAUUUACAUUAGACGUUAUCUUUGCUGAUUUAAUUUGUAAUAAUAUUGUAGACUAUAGUUAUAUGACAUAUCAUACCAUAUUACCAUUAUAAGUAUUAUGAUAUAGGUAGGUAGGUAAUAACUUCAACCAUAAGGCAUACCUACCUGUUAAUGUUUAUAGUUACGUACCCUCAUAGUUUGUUAGAAAAGUAUACUAUUUGUGGAACAAAACUAAUUUAAUUAAUUAAUUAUAUUUUGUAAUAUAAUAUAUGUCCCGUCCAACAUUGUAAUCUCAUAUUUUUAUUUAUUAUAUAUUUAAUAAAGACAUAUUUUAUGUAUUGUUCAAUUUUUCAAAUAA